GCAGCAGAGAAAGUGGGACUGAGGGCGUUAGUUUCAGGAAGUCAUGGUCGUGGUCGAUAAGCUGAAGGGACGGAUAUCUGCAGAGAUAUUAAGAGGGAAACGAAGGAGAGAGAUGAUUUAUGGAGAUCUGCAGGUAAACAGUGUUUCACUUCUAUUUGUAUCAGAUCAACUCGGAGGUCUCCACCCUCACAAACAUGAACAGAUCCUGUUCCGUUAACGGUUCUGCUGCUGGUUCGAAGUGGAGCCUGAGGAGGAACAAACCGUCUAACGGUAGUUGUGUCAGACUCAGAGGACAAACCACAGAGUCCAAGGAGAGUCCAGAUCCAAAGCAGGACACCAGAGGGACACCAGGGUUCCCCUCCAUGGACCCCCAGCGCCGGUGGUCUGCAGACGUCUCCACGUGUGGAUCACCCCCCAUCAUUAUCGUAAAGAAGAACAAGAAGGAACCGCAGCCGCCUCAGCGUGGCGUAUCCCUGCUCAGACCACACCCCCCAUGCCAUGAUCCAGCCAAACGCUACUCCUGCCCCCCCAUUAGGACCCUCACCCCCCCUACUACCCCUCCCCCCGUCCAAACCUACACCAUCACAGGCCCCGACCCUCUUGGCUGGAAGCUCCGCCCUAAGUCUGGCUUUGCCUCCCCCCGUACUCACACUGCCAGGCUGUCCCUUCAGAUCCCCCUCCCCGACACCAUCCACGAGGUCAAAUUUUACCCAAACUCAUGUAUGGCGUCCAUCUCUCAGACCACACCCCCUUUUGAAUCCCACCACCGCCACCGCCGCUCCCAGUCCGACUGCUCUGGGCCGGCGGUGACUCUGGAACAGAUCUACGCCGUGCAGCUGCGGAACAUUGUCCAUGAGACAGAUGAUGUUUACAGCGAGGUGAAUGAUGAGAAGAGUAGGGGGCCUCACAAAAUACCACCACCGGUGGCAGAAAAAACUCCCAUUGCGAGACAAAUGGCCAAACAGAUCGCUCAAUCCUGCCGCCGCUACGCUGUAACGAUGAACGUCAACGAAGAAGAACCGGUUUACAGCAGCGUGAUAAAGCCAACACGUACACAUUCACAGUGAGGAGCUGCAUCAAAGACUGGGAUGAAGAAGUGUCACAAGCCAAGAAUCAUCUUCAAACAUAAUACAAAGACUAAAGUUGACCUCCUGCCUUGAUUAGCUUUUGAUUGAUUGUUCUUAGAUGAGAGGCGGAGCUUUACACUGUCAGUCAAUAGUAACAAGAUUAAUUAUAUUUCAGAACACUGAGUCUGGAAAACAGCUUUGACAGGGAGAGGAACAGUCCACAGUGUCCUGGCUGACAUCCACAGGACUUCACCUUUUAUGGGGCAAGUGACUAUUUUUGGUCAUUUCUGCAUACAUUACAAGACAGUGACAGCAACAGUUCCAGUGAGGACA